AUGACGAGAAGAAACCGUACCUCGUGUAAAUCGAAGCAUUCAGAGACAGAACAGCGAAGAAGAAGCAAAAUCAAUGAAAGGUUUCAGAAUUUAAUGGAUAUUAUACCUCAGAAUGAUCAGAAACGAGAUAAAGCGUCUUUCUUAUUGGAGGUUAUUGAGUAUAUUCACUUCUUACAAGAGAAAAUUCAGAUGUAUGAAGGAUCUCAUCAAAUGUGGUAUCAAGCCCCAACCAAAUUGAUUCCAUGGAGAAACAGUCAUGGGUCUGUUGCGGAGGUGAUUGCCCAUUCUCAAAUCGAUAAAAGCUUUUUAAGUAAUGAGAAAGUUGCUCCUCCUUUCGGGUUGCUCUCGGAUAUGGAAAAUUCUGUGGAUCGUUAUGUUGACUUAGGAGCUAAAACCAAGAUUCUUGAACACAGUCCUAUUUCAGCAGUUUCAUCUUAUAAACCAAUUGAGCCUCUGCCGCCGUUUGUUCAGCAUGAUUUUUGGCAACCAAGAUCAAGUUGUGGAUCAAUGAAUUGUGAGAAGAAUGAAUUGUCAAACUCAGAUGAAAAUACAUCAGCCAGCUUGUCCACUGUCUGCUCAGAAAGGGUACGACACACUCUAACUGAAGCACUUAAGUCAUCAGGUGUCAAUAUGUCUGAGACCAUGAUAUCUGUGCAGUUAAGCGUUGGGAAAAGAUCAGAUCGCGAAUAUUCUUUCAGUGCUUUUACUUCUGAGGAGAACUGUAAUAGCAUCGCAGAUGAAGAAGGGGAUUCUCCUACUGCAACUAGAAGCAUCUGCAAAAAUUUAGAUCAUUCCCAGAAGAGGAUAAGACGAUAA